GUUGUAUAACGUUUUUGCAUUAUUCGAGUCAUAAGAAACGAGUGUAUAUUCAAGAACUACAUAGAUGUGAUGAUAUAGUGUAGAGAUAUAAAUACUGAAUUGUUCUUAGGUUAAGCAGUUACGUCAAGAGUGCAUUGUAAGAUUGUUUUAUAUAUUUUAACACGUCUAUUUUCUAUAUUUCUUUCUACAUGUAUAUAAAGCAGCUUAAAUAAGCAGUGUUACGUGUAUGUCAACAGCGUGAUAUAUCAACAUCUUAUAAGCAUUUAAAGGUUUUAGGAUGGCGUUAUCUCGUAUCAGUAACUCUUCCUAUUUAUUGACAACUUUGUCACAAACUUUGCGUACAGUGAAUAUGCCGUUAGACAUGCAGUGUGUACGAUAUGCAGUUGUACAUCAAAAUCGCAUGAAAAAUCUUCAUGUUAGCAGUCUCCGUCGAUAUCCCGACGCUCCUACCUUACCUCUUCCGACAAAUGUGUCUGAAAUAUUUGCGAACGAGACUGGACGAUUUACUCCUGAAAGAGCACGAGAUAUCGCUGCUCCAGUACUAUUAUAUGGCAAGAAUGAUUGCAGAUCAUAUUUUUCCAAACAAUUAACAAAACCAGCGACAUGUUCGAGUAGCUUGGAAAACUGCAGCGACACUCACAUAGAUUCGUACGACUGUUUUGGGGCGGUCAGUUUGAAUAGCACAAUGCAGAGCAAUGUACCGAAACCAUUUUGUUCCAAUGGAAAAUCUACGCAUUUAAACAUGCCGGGCGGUCAGUGGGCCAGAGAUGGAAAAUACAUUGCCGAGGACAUGCAGAAAUCGCAUUAUAGGAGCAUUCGUUUACCUCAAUUGAAACUGGAUAAAAGUGGACUAACAAGUUAUAUCACGACGAACACAAUCUUCCAAACAAUGUACAAACCAAAAUAUAUCUACAUUAUGGAAUAUUCGACGAAACCAUCGCAGCCGGUAAAUAAUGUUUUAAAUACUAACAAUAAUAAGGAUCAAGGCAACGUUACUCGACUAAAUUUAUCCACAAAAUCAAGACUUAGAAAUACAAUAAAGGAUUUUGGAUAUACCUGUUUAGCAUUUCAUAUAGGAAUUUCUCUGUUAUCCUUUGGUGCUUGUUAUACAGCUGUGGAUAGAGGGAUGGAUUUUGCACCAAUUAUCCAGUAUCUAUUCGAUACAAGUGAAGAGAAAACGAAAAAUCUUAUUACUGGUUCAACUUUUGUAGUUGCGUACAGUAUUCACAAAUUAAUGGCACCUAUACGAAUAUCAAUUACAUUAGGGGUAACGCCAUUUCUUGUAUCAUAUUUACGAAAAGUUGGAAUUAUUAAAACUUUACAGAGAACACGGAUACUUAAAAAUAGCAGUUAG